AUGGCGCCGGCUUUGACGAAGGAACAGGUCGUGACAGCACAGCUCAACGGCGACUACGCUAUAAAAUCCGAAAAAUCUGCCCCGGCCCUCGAUACUUCCCAAUGGCCACUCCUCCUCAAAAACUAUGACAAGCUCCUCAUCCGAUCAAGUCAUUUCACCCCAAUACCGUCAGGCUGCAGCCCUCUAAAGCGAGAUAUCGUGUCAUACGUGAAGUCUGGAGUAAUCAAUCUCGACAAGCCGUCGAACCCUUCAUCUCAUGAAGUUGUCGCUUGGUUGAGACGGAUCCUGCGUGUUGAAAAGACUGGACACAGUGGAACACUUGAUCCCAAGGUCACUGGGUGCUUGAUUGUCUGUAUAGACCGUGCCACCCGGUUGGUGAAAUCCCAGCAAGGUGCAGGCAAGGAAUACGUUUGCGUUCUUCGUCUACACGCUGGGCUGCCCAACCCUGCUGCCUUGCCUCGUGCCCUGCAAACGUUAACCGGUGCUCUGUUCCAACGUCCUCCCCUUAUCUCUGCCGUGAAAAGGCAGCUUCGGAUACGAACAAUUCACGAAUCGAAGCUGCUCGAAUUCGAUGAAAAACGCAAUCUUGCCGUAUUCUGGGUGUCCUGCGAGGCCGGCACAUACAUUCGCACUCUAUGUGUUCAUCUUGGCCUUGUUCUCGGUGUCGGUGGCCACAUGCAAGAGCUACGUCGGGUGAGAAGUGGCGCUAUGUCAGAGAACGACGAUAUGGUUACAAUGCAUGAUGUAAUGGACGCGCAAUGGAUGUACGACAAUACUAGAGAUGAAUCGUACCUGCGUCGCGUCAUCAGGCCGCUGGAAUGCCUAAUGGUUGGCUACAAGAGGAUCGUUGUGAAGGAUAGCGCAGUCAACGCGGUGUGCUAUGGAGCAAAGCUCAUGAUACCUGGUUUAUUGCGUUAUGAGGCCGACAUCUCCGUACAUGAGGAAGUGGUGCUGAUGACAACUAAGGGCGAGGCCAUCGCUCUUGCGAUCGCUCAAAUGUCAACUGUGGAACUCGCCACUUGCGACCAUGGCGUGGUUGCUAAAGUCAAGAGGUGUAUCAUGGAACGCGACACCUAUCCGCGCCGCUGGGGUCUUGGCCCUGUAGCCCUGCAAAAGAAGAAGAUGGUUAAAGAAGGCAAGUUGGGCAAGCACGGCGAGAAAAUCGACGCGACGCCUGCAGAAUGGAGUCGCGACUACAAAGACUACACUCGUGAGGAGCACGCCGCGCCAACACCAGCACCAGCCUCGACAUCGGCCCCUCCACAGGCCGGUCCUUCAUCCGCGCCUGCUCCGGAGACUUCGCCUGUGAAAGAGGUGAAGGAGAAGAAACGUAAACGAAAGUCUGAAGUGCCAGAGGAUGGGGAUGCCUUAACCACUGAAGCAGCUGUUGAGAAGAAAAAGCUGAAAAAGGAGAAGAAGGCCAAGAAGGCUGAGGGGGGUGACGAGGCGGAAGACGAGGCUGCCCGACACGAGCGGAAAAGGCUGAAGAAAGAGAAGAAGGCACGAGAAGCGUCAGGCGCAGAGUAG